CAAUUGAAGUUUUAAGUUUUGACAAUAUAAUAUAUCUAUUUGAGUAUUAUACUUAUAACUAUAUUUUCUAUUAGAUAUACUUAUAAAUACAUAUACAUUCUAUUUUAGAACCAUUUUUUGAUGGAAACGGUUAAGAAGAAGCCACCUAAAAUUUACGAAUGUAAGCAGCUUCUAGAACCAGUCUGCCAAGAACCACAAGAAGAGAAAUUCGAUCCUAGAAGUUUCUGUCACAGCCUUUUAUCAAAAACUGGAAAGGUUUGCAAGAAAACUAUUUGCCGAAAAUUUCUGAAAACUAAUGAAGAGAGGACUAAAGCUGAAAUCGUUUGUAUUCCUAGACCACCUUGCAAGAUAAAAAGACACUUCGGCCCAAAAUCUGAGACCGAAGAUGAGGACGAGGAAGAGCAAUUCUUCAGAAUGUUUGGCUCCCAGUUGGGGCUUGUUCUGAAUGAAGGCACAGUUUCUGAAACUGAUAUUCUAAAGGGAAGAUUCUAUGGUCAGGAUCGUAUCACUAGAGAUGGAAGGUUGGUAAGGGAUGACGAAUACGAAGAAUACAUCGACGAAAACGGAAACGUGGUAAGGAGAAGAAAACAUUCAGGUGUUCGAGGCAAACCUGGUGCAGGUGGUCGAAUGACUCCGUUUGGUAUUGUACAAGACGAGGAAACAGCCGAAUUGCUAGAGAAUUUAUCGAAAUAUUUGGAUGCUGAAGGUAUGGCGGCUGUAGCGGCUUUGGGUGGUGCUGAUAUCUGUCCUUGUUGUCGUUGUACGAUCUGCCAAUGUAGACUGAGAGGAAUCACAUCGGAAAUGCUUUUGGUCCAGAGGAAAAAAGCCCUGCUCGAAAGUAGAUUUAAAGCAUGGGGAAAAGAGGGUUAUGUAUGGUCAUUUGACUACUUUUAUAAACCUGACUUUGAAUACUUCGAAAAACAAAGAGAAGAACGGGAGAAACGAGAAGAGAUGCUAGAAAUAGAAAAAGAGGUGAUGUCUCUAAAAAUGGAAUUAGAAGAAGAUGAAUCAGCCGACGAAUUAUUCGAUAAGACACGUACCGAAGGAGUAACAGUCAUCGAAGAAAUGGUGAAAACUGGCUACGGCCAAGUGCAAGCUACACCAAGUAUCAUGGAGGAAGAAAUUCAAGUGGAUUUUUUGGAUAGGGAUCUCAUGAAAUCAUUUGAAGAUUUUCCUACAGAAGGUUCAGUGAGAGGUGUGCAAUUGCAAGCUGCUUGGACUCCAGAUGGUGAAAUGUUGGACAUCGAUAGAAAGGGAACUAUUCGCCAAUCAAUGCCUCAACAGGAAAUAACUGAAAGAGUUCCUGCAUCGUCACUUAUCCCUAAAAGUAUUACUGAAGAUUCCGCCAUCGGUGAAUACGUUAGGAGUACACUAAGAUCGUCAAUCGAGUCUUGGGUAGAAACAAGAGAACCAUAUCCUGAAGGACGUAGACCAACGACAAUCACAGGUGCUUCAAUUGAACCGAUAGAUAUAGCAUUUCCAGCAGCUGAAAUUCAGGGUGAAAUCAGGAUCAUAAGAGAAGAAAAACCUAAACAGGUUGUCCACCCUAAAAAGGCGGAAAAAGAAGAAAAAAAACCAAAAAUGAGGAAGAAAAAAGAAAUUAGCGAAUUGGAUGUGUUCACACCUGUACUGAAACGAAAACUUUCGAUAGAAGAACCAGAAUACGAAUCCAUAGGAUCUGAAAGAGCUUCAUUUGAGAUAACCUCGGGAAAAGGCAAGCGAGAAAGGGUUGAAUCUAUAGAGUUGGAAAAGGUUUCAUUACUCGAUGACGCUAAAAUUGAAGAGAUGGCGAGGGCUCGAGCAUUAGCCAAAAAAAGUGUAUGUGACUGUCUACCUGGACUUUGUACUUGUGGAGCUCAACAUUAUGUAUUCAAGAAAGAAUAUAUCGGUGAUGGUAUCGAUAUCGGUAUUGAAAGUAAACCAUCCAUGGAAGGAAAAGAAGUUCAAACAGGAGUAGAUUAUGAAGAAAAAGCUAAGAGAAAGGAUGAUGAAGAAGAUGUUUCUGAAAAAUCUUCAUGCGUGUGUUUUCAUCCCUGGGAAGAAGAAGAUUUAAUGAAAGUUACCCCUGCUGCCAGCAUAUUCGUAGAAAGGAUUCAAAUGCCACGUAAACCGAGGAAAAGUUUUAUCUGUACACAGCCAAGGUUUCAGAAGACCAUUAUCAUAGUAAAACCUGAGGCAAUGAAUUUCAAAGACGUUAUUAUCAGAGCUAUCAAGCAAGAAGGUCUCGACAUUAUAGACGAAAGACUGGUCCGACUGACUCCAGAACAGGUAGCAGAAGUGUAUAGUGAAAAUUAUGGUAGCGCUUACUUCCCAAUGUUCGUUCAGAAAAUGAGCUCCACUCCUAUAUUAAUACUAUGCGUUGCGGGAAAUUAUGCUGUUGACCGGUGGAAAUAUAUUAUAGGCCAGGGAGAAGUGAUACCAUCCUCUUGGUUCUAUCCAGAAAGUAUAAAGCGAAGAUUUGGAAUUCAUUGUGAUAUUUAUGGAGCUAUGAGGACUUCCGCCGACUUUGAUACUGCAAGAAACGAAAUCAGAUACUUCUUUCCCUUAGAUAUCAUCGAACCAAUUAUCAUUGAAUCAAUCGAAGUUCAGGAUUAUUGUGAUAAGUACAUCCACCCCACCUUACUAAAAGCACUCUUCAAGAUCGUAGAUGAAAAACCUGAAGAUCCUCUCCUUUUUUUAGCCGAAUGGUUAUUGAGAAAUAACCCUUUUCAACCUCAUUACUUGGAUUCGUUGGUGGCUUUGGCCCCUACCUAAAGUUCUUAGGAAUAUUUAAGUAAGUACUGAUUAUGUUUGUUAGAAUUUUUUUUUAGUUAUUCUGAUGAUAUUACUUAAAUGUUAAAUGACAAUAUAAUAAGUAUGCAAUGUACUAGAUGAUCAUCAAUAUAUACUUACAUAUGA